AUGGAAACACUGAUGAACGGACCAAUGCAUUUUUAUCAGUUUGUGUACAUCAGCAUUCUGUCUACAGUUUGUUGCAGCCUGCCUGAAAGAUUUUCAGGAGGGCUACCUCACAGCCUAAAAAUGGAAUCUUUCAAUUUUCAGCACAUUUUGUCCUGGCAGGCAAAAAGUGAUCCCACUGUGCCAACAUACUAUUGUGUACUGUACACUGACCACAGACAAAUCUUGAACUGGAAGAUGGCUAAAAGAUGUUCGGGUAUUACAGAACUCUCCUGUGAUCUGACAGAUGAAUUUAAAGAUAGUUCCACUCAAUAUUCUGCAUUUGUUCAGAGUUUCAUAGGAACUGAAGUAUUCAAUUCUUCUGUACUUCAUUUUGCACCUUUUACUGACACGUACCUGGGACCACCAGAAGUUAAUAUCAGUUCCUGUCUGAACUGCAUAAAUGUGACCGUAAAGCUGCCAGCCUCUCACUUCAGAAAAAAUGGAAAGCCACUGUCUUUACUUGAUAUAUAUCAACAGCUUAAUUAUGAUAUAACACUGAAAACCCUUGAUGGAGAGCAUAAGAGGCCACGUGAGAAAACCACAGAAGAAGUUUUUAGUACUGUCAUUGAAGAACUGUAUCCAAACAGAAAUUACUGUGUGUCAGUUACGGUCACUGCAUCUCUAAACAAGCAUUACAUCCCAUCAGCCUGGAAAUGUGUAACUGCGAACUCUGUGGCUCAGAAAGAUUAUCAUACGGUUGCAAUCGCAGGUGCUGUAUGUUUUUCGCUGAUGUUAGCUGGUGCUCUGAAGUGUAUGCAUGUGGGAGGUUACAUUCUUCGCAACAAAUCACUUCCGCAUACCUUG